AUGCGGACACGAGAAACGCGAUCCGCCGCCGCAGAACACUUGAGGCCCCUCUCGGGCGCCGUAGUGCGGGAUAGCGGCGCACGGUCGCGUCUGGGCAAGAUCGUCGGCAACAAGUGGGAGGCCUACCUGGGGCUGCUACAGGCCGAGUACACCGAGGGGGAUGCCCUGGACGCGCUGGGCCUGAAGCGCUACUGCUGCCGCCGGAUGCUCCUCGCACACGUGGACCUGAUCGAGAAGCUGCUCAAUUACGCACCCCUGGAGAAGUGACUGCUGGGACGCGCCCUGCUGCUGCGGGCCGGGCGGCCGGGGCCUGGCCCGAGUUCAUUAGCCGGUGCUGGGGGUGGCGAGCAAUGCCUAGCCAUGCUGCACAGACACGGAGUCCCCUCUGGAGGAGCCACCAGUAAAAGUCUUUGUAGAGCCAC